AUGGCGCCUAUCGAAGAGGCCAGCGACCAAUUCGCGGUCCUCCCUAUCAAAAUCCCUGGGACGUCGUCAUACCCAGAGACGGCCAUCCACGAAGUUCGCGUGCGACGCAAUGCGCCCAAGAUCCCGACUGCAAACGACUCCCGAAGCUUGUUCUUGAAGAAUAUCCCAGCAGACAGCACUGAGCCUCACUUCCGGGGCGUGUUUACCGAGCUUGUCGGGGCUGGACGGUUCGAAUCCAUUACCUUCGAGGACGAGACAAAGACAUCCCUGGCGAUUGAUCCUGCGCAAGCCACGAAACUCACGGCACUCGCGCGCAAGAGAAAGCGCGGAGAAGUGGAGGCGGAGGAGCAAAAACGCGAGGAAGAGGCCGUGCAGCUGCCGCAGAUCUGGUCGCGGCGCCUGCAGAGGAGCAGCAGCACAGCCGUCGUUCUCCUGGCCGACGAGAAGAGCGUGCAGCAGGUCCUCAAAGCCAUUACCAAGGUUCACAAGUCGAAGAAAUAUCCCUCAUGGGGCAGUAACCUAGCUGACGAGGUGCCCGCUCUUGGAUCCGCAUGGAUUGCAUCACACCUGCAGCUCUCACGCGUCGACAAGCAAGCCACCCAGAAGGCUGUCCAUGCCUUCUUCAAUGCCUUCAACCGCAAGGAGAAGGAAGCCGCCGAACUUUCUAAGCGACUGCGCAACGAGCCUGAUGACGAUGGCUUCGUGACCGUCGUCCGCGGAGGAAGAGUGGCGCCAGCCAGCCGCAACGAGGCCGAGGAGGCGAAGCGCAAGAUGACCGAGAGGGACACGAAGAAGAAAUCCGAGACGCAGGACUUCUACAGGUUCCAGCUCAGAGAGAAGCGAAAGGCAGAGCAGGCUGCACUACUGAGGAGAUUCGAGGAGGACAGGCGGAAGGUCAACGCCAUGCGCGAGAAGCGGGGAAAGUUUAGACCGGAGACAUGA